AUGACCACUGGAACCAAAGAUAAUGGAGGCGGCGGACCGCCCAUGCUCUUGUUACCAUCAGGCGAACAACAAGUUAUUGUCGCCUGCCGUAUUCGACCGAUGACCGAUGAAGAAAAAAUAGAAGGAGCUAUGCCCAUUGCCCACAAAGUUGCUGAUGAUAAUGUGGUUGUUCUACUUGAUCCCGAAGAAGACCAUGAUAAUGCUCUUCGUGCUAACCGAUCCCGUGAACGUAAAUAUGUCUUUGACGUUGUUUCUGAUAAAGACGCUGAUCAACAAGAAGUUUAUGCCUCGUCAUCCAAAUUGCUUCUGAGUAGCGUCUUAGAAGGUUACAAUGCCACCGUUUUUGCAUACGGCGCAACCGGUGCUGGAAAAACUUACACAAUGUUAGGCACAGAAAAUAAUCCAGGUGUCAUGUACCGUACCCUGCACGAUCUUUUCGUUGAAAUAAAAAAAUUCGAAGGUAAACGAGAAUACCAAGUAACAAUGUCCUAUUUGGAAAUCUACAAUGAACUGAUACGUGAUCUAUUGGCUCCCUCAUCCUCCUUUCUUGAAUUACGUGAAGACGCGAAAGGCACUAUUCAAGUUGCUGGUUUAAGUGAAAUCGCUGCGAAAACGCCCGAAGAAGUUAUGGACAUGUUACACAAAGGAAAUCGCGCGCGCACUCAAGAACCAACGAAAGCGAAUAAAACAUCGUCUCGAUCUCACGCAGUUUUACAAGUUAAUAUCAAACAACGUGAUAUCAAUCGAUCUCACACAGAUCAAGUUCGAUUUGCAAAACUCUAUAUGAUUGAUCUGGCUGGCUCAGAACGAGCAGCGCAAACUCAAAAUACCGGCAAACGAAUGAUGGAAGGUGCUCAUAUCAAUCGAUCAUUACUUGCGUUGGGAAAUUGUAUCAACGCAUUGAGCGAAAAAGGCAAUACGAAAUAUGUGAACUAUCGUGAUAGUAAAUUAACUCGAAUAUUGAAAGAUUCGUUGGGUGGAAACUCACGAACAUUAAUGAUUGCACAUGUUUCUCCAGCAUCGAUACACUUCGAAGAAUCACGAAAUACGUUAAACUACGCUGAUCGAGCAAAAUAUAUCAAAACUAAAGUCCGUCGAAAUGUUGUCGAUGUUUCCUAUCACAUCGCUCAGUACAAACAAAUCAUCCAAGAUCUCCGAAAUCAAGUUCAAUUGUUACGCGAACAAAGAGAUGAUUUGGAAAUGCGUUUAUCAACCAACAACGAGGCACGUUUUAGUCGACUGGGAAAUAAUAGUACUGCUGAACGUCUUCGUGUGGAAGAAGGCUUGAAAUUAAAGGAAAAUAUUGUUCAAUCAUACCGUAAACAAAUCGAUGCACGACGUGCCUUACUCGAAAUCGAUACAGGACUCAUGGACGUCGUUCAUGAGUGUCAACGAAACCAAUCGAUUGUUGACCAGAAAGAAACAAGCAACGAAAGUAGUCCGAGAAAUUAUAAAAAUUCCACAGAAGAUAUUCUCGCUGAAAUCAAUACCUCCGACAAUGCAAAACAACGUGCUCGAGCUGAACUGCGCGUGCUUGAACAGGAGCGUUCGAAACUGGAAAAACAACGUAAAGCACAGUUACAAGAAUUCGAAACGGCCAAAAAUGAAUCCCGUCGAUUAUUGGAUAAAGUAACAAAGAAAAUGGCCACGAACGAGCAACGCGAAUUGCUCAGAUUACUAACUGAAAAUUUCGAAUUUGAAAUGAAAACAAUCGAACUACAAGCUGAAUUGUUCAUUCGAGAUUAUACAAUUAAAAGCAAAGACUUGCAAUUGUUACGAAUGUCUCAACAUCGAAGUCUUUGUGACACGAUCAUAUUCCAACAAAGAAAACUUAUUCAAGACAACGUAAUUCUGGUACCGUCGGACCUUGAAGAGCUCUAUCGAUUGUACUCGCGAGAUAUUGACGAAGGUCAACUGAUACACGACCUUAAAAGCUAUUCUCCUCGAUUAGUAGCAGGAAAUUCCACAGGUGGCAAACCUUCUACUUCUGCAUCGUUUCCAUUCCUUUCCCAAAUUGCUGAAGAAGAUUUAACCAGUGCAUCCACAUCCGUGACCAGCUUUCAUUUACCGAACAACGGCUCUCGACGUUAUCCAACCACAAGCACAUUACCAUCGCAUCGUGCUCUGUCCGAUCAAGAUCUUUUCAGUCGUCUUCACGAUGACUCCAUGGCAACCACAGAUGUUGGUAAUGAUUUUAUGUCGACAAUAAGUAAACCUGUAUCGUAUUCGCACUUCAAUUUUGAUCAAACAACAAAACAAUUGAUGAAAGGAAAUUCCUUAGCGAGUUUGAGUUCAGACAUCGGCGAUGUCUCGCUGACGAAUGUUGAUGGAGCUCGCCGUAAAGGUCAUACGGGAGGUUCGCCAGCAAACGAUUGGCCAUCGGAAUCAUCACCCGCAUUUCGAAAUCAUAGUACACGAGACAAAAUGGAUCUUCGAAAACAAACGCAAGACAUAGCCGCACGUGCUGCUCAACGGCGCGCAAAUCUUCAUCAUAAAGAGCUCAUGGAAGAUAUGGGUCCAGCCUUUUCUUCUGACCCUAUUAUGACAAAGGAAAAUAGUUCAAGUGUCCUGGGUCUUGACUUAACCGGUGCUAAACCGAAGAAGACUGUAACAAUAAAUGACCCAGCUAUGGAUCGCACUCGAGGAAAUGAUCUGCGUCGAACUAAUUCUGAAUCUCCCGAUCUCAAUGCUCAUUACGGAUCUGCGAGCGAUUUAGACCCAUUCUAUUCAACAUCGUAUAGUCGUGGUUCACGAAGUACAAGUAAAAAGCGAUCGACUUCUCACGGCUCGUCAACCAACAACCGUUCGAGCGGACCCACUUCAAACGUAUUCGUUCCUCGAGAUUACUAUUAA